CACGUCGGUAGUACAUACGUAAUUGGUCAUUUUGACGGGGCAUGAAUCUAGGAAAAAAGGGAAACCGAAAAGCAGAUACAUAUUAGUUCCUGAGACACUGAACACGUUCGUUUGCGGUAAUUUGCUUCUGGUAGCCAUCAACAGGAGGCAACAGCUAGAUGAGAAGAGGGCUGGCGGAGGCUUGGCGUUCUGCGUCACGGCCUCGUUUCGUCACCUCGACAGAUCGCGUCCAUGUACGAGAUGCGACGCUUCGUCGGUCUGCAUGUCUGCGGCACUUCGGCGCGUAUGCACCUCUCUGCCGCGAUAUCGCACCAACAGACGCGCGGAUCAAGGGCCUGGGCAGAGAGAUCGACGGCGAAUACGCCGUGCUGAGAGACAACUACGAGACGCCCAAGCACCCCAUCGUGCUUGCCCACGGUUUGCUGGGAUUUGCCGAGCUGAAGCUGGCUGGUUCCUUUCUGCCUAGUAUUCACUACUGGCGCGGCAUCAGGGAAGCCCUGAGCGCCAACCAUGCCGAGGUCAUCACCGCGUCCGUGCCCCCAAGCAGCUCCGUUGAGAAGCGGGCGGCCAAGUUGGCAGAGGAUAUCGAGGCCCAGGCCAAGGGCAAGAGCGUCAACAUCAUCGCCCACAGCAUGGGCGGCCUGGACGCGCGAUACAUGAUAUCGCAGCUGCAUCCCGCCGGCGUCGACGUGAAGUCUCUCACCACCGUCGCCACUCCACACCACGGCAGUCCCUUCGCCGACUACCUGAUCAACGGCAUCGGGCCAGAUUACCUGCCUCGCCUGUAUGAUGUCUGGCAGCGGAUGACGGGCUGGGAGGCCAGCGCCUUUGAGCAGCUGACAACGCGGUACAUGGCUGAGGAGUUCAACCCCAAAACACCCGAUGUCCCAGCCGUGCGAUACUUCUCCUAUGGCGCCAUGGUCAGGCACAAGCCGCCGCUGCUCAGCCCGUUCCGACACUCCCAUCACGUUAUCGAGAAGCGAGAGGGCCCCAACGACGGCCUCGUCAGCGUUGACAGCAGCAAAUGGGGGGAUUACAAGGGGACCCUGUUGGGCGUCAACCAUCUGGAUCUGAUCAACUGGAGCAACAGGCUCCGCUUCACGGUCCAGAAGUUGAUGGGCCAUCCGCCAUCUUUCAAUGCAGUUGCCUUCUAUCUUGACAUUGGCGACAUGCUCGCCAAGGAAGGGGUGUAGAUGGAACCGGAAGCAGUGAUCUCCGACGCUGCCUGAUGGGUGAUUUUGCUCGAUGGCGCCGAAGGGAGCCGUCAAUAUGACUCUGGCCAUCAUGGCGCGAAUAUGCUCCCUUCCUGGCGAUUCUUGCUCACUCGGAUACCUGCUCUAAAGAGUGCCGAGUUCAAAAGUUCAGCCCGGCUAGCGGAGUGUCGCGUAGGACACGUACCACUGUUACCUUCGCCACACAUGGGGCACCC